UCUAUGUAAAACUAAUCUUGUUCAGGAACAACAAAUAGUUGCACCAUUAUUUCGACCCUCGACCCGAGUGCAAACCCACUGUCUAAUACGAUUUUAUAUCAAAACAACAUGACUUCUUCAAUUUUAGCUCAAAAGUUAAUUUCAACUAAAAUAGGGAAAUGCGAGUUUGAGAGAGUCAAGUGGAUGAGGUACUGUAACGCUUCAAAGCAGAACAAGGUUGCACAGAAACUUAAAAAGAUAUUAGAAGAGCAAAUAUCAAACAAAACUUGCAGGCUCUGUCUGAGCCCUGGGGGAGAAGAUAUAUUCCAAUCUAAGGAAUUUGAUUUGGCAAACAACAUCAGGAGUAUUUUAGGGGUUCAGGUAUUUGAAGGUGACGGUAAACCGCAACACAUAUGUUACACAUGUAAGGACACAGUGCAGAAGGCAGCGGAAUUGAAACAAUCCACUGACGUCAUACAAUGGCAGUUGCAGCAGGAACUUGACAUGAUUAAUGAAUGCACUGCUGAAUGGGAGCCAGAACAAACCAAAAUUCAUGGAGGGUACUUUGUUGAAACCAAAACGAAGUUAUUGCGGGAGUGGAUCUGUUCUAAAUGCAAUCGAGUAUUCCAAAAAAGGGAACUUUUCGAGGAGCAUGACAAGCUGGAGUACUGUCGCCGAGUCAAGUGCUACGUGUGCGAGACUUGCGGCAUGGAGCUGAAGACGCAGACGCGACUCCGGAGGCAUUGGCUAACGCACUCCGCAGAACUAGCGUUCUCCUGCACCCGCUGUCCCUUCCGUUCCCGUACCAAGUUCGAACUCAACCAGCACCUACGUCACGGGCACACGGCGGCUCGGCCCAAGACCUGCCCCUACUGCCCGGCGGCAUUCCGAAGUGCCUCCAACCUAGCGUCUCACAAGAAGAUGCACUUCCCACCAGCUUUCCACUGCAGAGUAUGCCAGAGAGGGUUUAAGUUCAAACAGGCUCUCCAAAACCAUGUGGCCACUCAACACAGCAACGCGAAGCCCUUCAGUUGUGCAACUUGCGGUGAAACAUUUUCAAUCAGAAAAAUGAUGCGAAGACAUGAACUCAAGGUUCACAAUCGUCCAAAGAUGAGGUCUGGAACGAUUCCAGGAUACAAACAGCAGCUUGACGGAUCACAAACCUGA